GUGCACCUCAAAUACGUCGCCGCCUCGGCGCUCUGCAGCGUGUGCGCCUACCACGCCGGCCCCGACGGGGAGCGGAUCAUGCCUCUGCGGUCGCUUCUCGUCUACUCGGCGGCGACGCACGGCCUGUUUGCCGGCCUCUUCGUGGCGCGGGUGGGCAUGGGCAUCCUCGGCAAGCAGCGGGCCGCCGGGGUCGUUCCGUGGUGGUCAUACCUCGUCUGGGCGCCCUUCCACAGCUUCACCUACCUGUACACGUACUUCCACACCCUCCACUCGGAGGCGCACGGCACGCCCGUGGCGACCGAGGUGGCUCCAGGCUGGUGGAUCGGAGGGCGGUACGCGCACUGGAGGAUGCCGGAGCGGCGGUGGGCGGCCACCAUCGACCUGACGUGCGAGUUCCCGGAAGGGUCGAUCCGCAACACGUCAAACUACCUCCUCACCCCCUGCUGGGACGGCGUCCCUCCGACGCCGGCGCAGAUCGAGGAGGCGGCGCGGCUGGCGGCGCGAGCGUGCGGCCAAGGGGACGUGAUGGUGCACUGCGCGCACGGGCGAGGCCGAUCCACCACGGUGAUGCUCGCUUGCCUGGUCCGGGCCGGGCUCUUCUCGGACUGGAGGGACGCUUUUGAGGCGGAGGCGCUCGACACGUGGGAGGCGCGGUACGGCACGGCGCCGUACUCGGUCAGCUCUCCGAGACCCUCCUUUUGAGCUGGCUGGCUUGGGAGAGGAGAAGGGACGGGGGAGCUUGUGGGGUGUGGGGAGCGGGCUUGGAGUGGGACUGCAUGACAGCAUGAGAUCGCUGACUCGACACCAACCUCCGCUGCAGCGUGGCGGGCGACACGCCGGGGCACGUGCGCACCUCCAGCUCCACAUCUCCACAAUCUUGUGCCCCCAAAGUGGCAAUGGCGGCACAAGCGCCGGCGGCAAGCGCCGCCCUUGCGCCUUGGGGCGAGGGGCGCUACCGCCGCUAGAGCCGAGUUAGAGGGUCCGCAGCGUCCUAAUCUAAAAUCUGAGGAUUCAGGCAGGAUUGAGGCAUCGCUUCAGUGAGGCCAAAGUGAGUUUAUGGAUGUGUGAGAACGCGGGUUAUAGGGACACGCGCGGCGAGGUCGAGGAGUCACGCGGACCGACUCGUCGGUGACUCUGCUGCACGCCGUUUCAGAAUUUUUCUCAGCGUGAGCGAGACGUGG